AUGAACAGAAAUUCAAGCCUUAAUUUAGGAUUUGAUGGAAGCAAAAAUAAGAAAAGAAAAGAGUUAAAAGUAUUAUUUGUGUCUAGACGUGACUCAUGCCGUGGGCCAAUAGCCGAAACUAUAUUUCAGCAUUUAGCUGAAAAGUACAAUCUCAAACAUUUUAAUCGGUUUUCCUGGAGAGCCAACAGCGCUGGUCUUGAAAAAUACAAUCAAGGAAAUCUUCCUGAACAUUUUUGUCUUCGGGUUCUCGCUGAAAAUAAUUUAGAAACAAUGCACGGCUGUCGACAGAUAAGACUGUUUGAUUUUACUCGAUAUGAUUAUAUUCUUUGCAUGGAACCCAAACAGUUAGCAUCCUUAGUAGAAAUGGCUCCAAAAGACAAGAAAGCUCGACUGUUCAUGUUAGGGGAUUUCAUUAAAGGACGUGAUAAAAUUAUUUGUAGUCCAAGCGAUGAGGAUUACAAUGCAUUUAGAAUAUGUUUUGAGCGUUUAUACAUAGCAUGCGAAGAAUUCUACUUUCAUGUUAAUGAAAAGAGAUUUUACUGACCAUCGAAUGGCUCACUGCGAUGGUUUUCAAGUUUAGUUUAGGAAGCAGAAGAAACGAAAUAAAAUAUCAAGUCUUCUUAUAUUUGCAUAAAUUACAAAAUCUUUCUACGUUAAGAAUAUCAAAAAAUUAAUACCGUACUGGUUGUAUUACCUUUUGAAACUAGAGCUAGGUAGACACAAGUAUUUCAAACAGUCAAAUGACAUGCUCAUCUUUGUUUCCGAGACAUAAAUCGGCUCAAGGCUAACAUUAAAAAUCAUUACUUUCGUGAAAUAAUUUACAUUGUAAAUGUUGUGCAUGUAAAAUUUGAAAGUUUAUAAAUGGCAAAAUUUACAAAGAAAUUUCCUAUGGUCUGUUGAAGAAGAAAUUUUUUUUUUUCAAUAUUUUUAGCAUGGUUUU